CUCUCUCACAAAGGGAGAAGAAAAGAAACGAUUAAUCAAAUACCACCACUGUCAGAAAAGAAGAAAUGCGUAAAUAAAUAUAUCUUCGAAAUGGCGCAUCUACUAUUCUUCUCACGCUCUCCCACACCGUCGUCUUUGAGCUUCUCCACCUUCUUCCAAAUAUCCUCUAAACCAUUCCACACGCUCGGGAUUUCCUCUUCUCCUACUUCUCCAAUUGGUGCUCCGAACAGAAGGCCAGGGCACCUCCUGAUGCUUUCCAAUCCUAUCUCUUCGUCCGCGGAUUUCGACCUUCUUUCCACAACCGAGUGUUCUGAUGGCAGUGUGAUUUUCCGGUUUGGAAAUGCGAGCGAGGUCGAAACAAUUGAUGAAAAAGAGACUAUUAACAAGGACUUUGGACAUAAUUCAUGUGAAGAAGUUGAAUCUUGUGCUGAGAGAGGACAAAGAAGUAAUUCAGCUGAAGUGGAUGAUCUUGUUGAUCUCAUCUCUGCAUGCGGAGAGGAUGGUGGGGUUGUUGAUGCUGGCAGUAGUGCGGUUAAACCAGUUACUGAUUGUACGUUAGAAACCAAUUUGCAUAUUCAGGAAGAUUGUGUUGAAGAUGAUAAAAAUGUAAUUAAGAGUGCAAGAUCAUUUUCCGACGAUGUAAACAUUGGAAAUCCUAAAAUCAAUUGCAAGAAUGAAGUUUACACAUUGAGUACUUCGUUGAGUUCGGAUGUGGUUUCUGAUUUAGGAAUGGUUAGUACUUGUAAGGAAGUUUCAGAUGAGAAGAGUGUUGGUGAAAUGACAAACCAAUUGGUUAGUACUUCUAAAUCUGACUCCAUUGAAGUAUCUGGUAGUUAUGCUUCUGAAAGAAGUAGCACAGAGAAUGCUUAUAUUGGGGUUGCUUAUCCCUCUAAGGCUGACAAGGAGCCUAGAGUGGAUACAAUGAAGAAUUACGUGACUGGUGAAAAAAGUAAUGACUGCGAUGUGACUGAAGUAAUGCAUGGGUCCACUCCAUUUGAGGCCAUACCAGUUCUCAGUGAGGAGACACGCCAUAGUACAGUGGAUGAAUCUGUUGAUGCAGAUAAAAUUGAAAACUCGAUAGCGUUAGAUGACAGUGCCCCUUCCUUGAAUUGGAAGGAAGAAUUCACUGUGUGUGAUACACAUGAAAGCAGUGCUGAUAGAGUAACAAGUCUCAAAGCAGUGGAAUCGCGUCCCAUUGCGAGUAGUAAUACUGGGGAGGAAAUCUCCACAGAAGGAUUAUUCCUAUACAAUGGUGCUGCCUUAUUGCCACAUCCGACUAAGGCAUUGACAGGUGGAGAGGAUGCUUAUUUUGUUGCUUGCCAGAACUGGCUAGGUGUGGCUGACGGAGUUGGCCGGUGGUCUCUGGAAGGCAUUAAUGCUGGACUAUAUGCCCGGGAGCUCAUGGAGAACUGUGAAAAGAUUCUGUCAGAUCCAAAAAGUGCUCCAAUGACCAAACCAGAAGAACUUCUUAUUAGAAGUGCUGCAGAGUCACAAUCCCCUGGAUUGUCUACUGUUUUGGUCGCUUACUUUGAUGGUCAGGUUCUCCAAGUGGCUAAUAUUGGGGACUCGGGAUUUAUAGUAAUAAGAAACGGCGCUGUCUUUAAGAGAUCAUCUGCCAUGGUUCACGAUUUCAAUUUUCAGUUACUGAUUGAGAGAGAUGACGAUCCCUCAGAGCUCAUAGAGGGGUACAAAAUUGAUUUGUAUGAGGGAGACGUGAUUAUCACUGCAACUGAUGGCCUUUUUGACAACUUGUAUGAGCAAGAGAUAGCUUCUGUUAUAUCCAAGUCAUUGCAAGCCAGCUUGAAACCUCAGGAUAUAGCAGAAUACUUGGCCACGAGAGCACAGGAGGUGGGGCGAUCAACAUAUGUGAGGACUCCAUUUGCAGAUGCAGCCAAGGCAGUUGGUUGUGUGGGAUAUACUGGUGGCAAGAUCGAUGAUGUGACGGUCAUUGUGUCAUUGGUACAAAAGAGAUCCAGCUUUCACUCACACCUUGUUUGUGUGACUAAAAGAUUGUAAGAGAACGCAAGAAUGAGCAAUUUAUAGAAGGAAGAUGAUACUUGAAGAGGUUUCCGAGGUGCCCAUUGCAGACUUGACCUGAAGGUAUUUAAUCUGAAGUCCAAAAGAGAAUAAAAAUCAAUGGAAAAGAGAUGGUUGGUAGUUUUACUAGUAAGGAUUCUUGUUAUGAUAUGGGAGCUUUGGAUUUCAGCUGGGAUAAAGAGAUGGUUAAGGGCUAUAUCCUGUUAUGCAAAACAUUUGUAUUAUUGUUAAAUUAGCACAAAAAUGUGGGUGAUGUUCCUCUGUCGCACCUUGUAAAGUGUCAUUCAGUUACUUGUAUUGGGUAAGUUUGUGUCUAAUCUUGUAUAUAUUUGUCAAAUUUGAAGUCUAUCUCCAAAGCUAAAUCUUGUAUGUAUUAAUUGAUGGUAACCCUUUCCCUUCUAAA